AUGAUCCCAGACACUUUCAUCCAGCACCAACUUCUAACAUGUUGUAAGAAGGGAAAGGUGCCAUUAGUAGACGCCCCGAUCUCAAUGAAGCUGCUCAAAGCACCUAACGAGGCGACUGCAUAUCCCUUUGCCUUCCACAGCCUAUAUGCAGAAGCAAGAGCCUAUACUUUAUUCAAUAUCUUGAAGAUGGAUUGUUUUGUUUGUAUGCAGCUUAACUUAAGGAUGUAA